UUCCAUUGACAACAAAGCUGAGCGCUCCUUGUCUCUACAUGUCUGUGAGGCAGCAAUUUUUUCACCCCAUCUAGUCUCUUUUAGUGGAAACAUGUCUGACUUAUUGGAGAAAAUAAAAAACAAAAUAGCAGAGAAAGAAAAAACGGCUUUAAGUCAGAGCGACCUGCAGAAGUUUGGUUUAACAGGGAUCCAGCUGAGAUCCUACCAGCUGGACGGGGUGCAGUGGCUGAGCCAGAGCCUCAAACACCAGCAGGGAUGCAUCCUGGGAGAUGAGAUGGGUUUGGGUAAAACCUGCCAGACAAUCUCUUUGCUGGUUUACAUGUUUGGAGCUCUGGGAAAGAAAGGCCCGUUUUUGGUGCUCAGCCCACUCUCUGUCAUGGAGAACUGGAGAAAGGAGCUGGAGAGCUUUGCCCCGUCUCUGACUCUGCUGAGCUACAAGGGAGACAAGGAGAGACGGGCUGAGAUUCAGAGGGAGACGAACACACAAGCCUUCCAUGUUCUGCUCACCACAUACGAGCUGUGUCUCAAAGAUGCUUCAUUCUUGAAGAGGUGGAGCUGGCAGGUGCUUGUCGUAGACGAAGCUCACCGGCUGAAGAACCAAAACUCUUUGUUACACCAAACCCUGACCGAGUUUACCGUUGGUUUCAGACUCCUGCUCACAGGGACUCCCAUCCAGAACAACCUGAAGGAGCUCUACUCCCUGCUGAGCUUCAUUCAACCCAACAUCUUCACGCCCAACGAGACCGACAGCUUUGUCAGCUCUUACUCCAAUCUAAAAAGCCAGCCUGCUCUGGCUUCAGAGCUUCAAAGCGUCUUGGAGCCUUUUCUGCUCCGUAGAGUGAAGUCAGAGGUGGCUUUGGAUCUGCCCAAGAAGACGGAGCUGGUGGUGUACCACGGCAUGUCCGCUUUGCAGAAGAAAUACUACAAGGCCAGUCUUAUGAAAGAUUACGAGGCAUUUGCAAAUGAACAAGGCAGCCAGAACAGGAUGCUGAACAUCUUAAUGAAUUUGAGAAAGUGUGUCGACCACCCGUAUCUGUUUGAUGGGGUGGAACCAGAGCCCUUUCAGAUCGGGGAACAUCUCAUAGAAGCCAGCGGAAAACUGUGCAUCCUAGACAGCAUCCUGGCCUUCCUGCACAAAGGGGGCCACCGUGUCCUGUUGUUCUCUCAAAUGAAGCGGAUGCUGGAUAUUCUCCAGGACUAUAUGGAGUACAGAGGCUACAGCUACGAGCGUCUGGACGGGUCCGUUCGAGGGGAGGAACGAAACCUCGCUGUGAAGAACUUCAGCAGCCAGGAUAUCUUUGUGUUUUUACUCAGCACUAAAGCAGGUGGCGUUGGCCUCAACCUCACAGCUGCUGACACAGCUAUAUUCGUGGAUACCGACUUCAAUCCUCAGAACGACCUUCAGGCUGCAGCUCGCUGUCAUCGGAUUGGCCAGAACAGGCCCGUGAAAGUCAUCCGCCUCCUCGCCAGAGACACCGUGGAGGAGAUCAUGUACUCCAGAGCCGUCUCUAAGCUGCAGCUCACCAACACCGUCAUCGAAGAGGGACGCUUCUCCCUGAUGGAUCAGGCUCAGUCGGCUGCAGCAGGCCUGAAGCUGAGUGAGAUCUUGAAGUUUGGAGUAGAUAAGCUUUUAUCAUCUGAUGAGAGCUCGAUAGAGGAGGUAAAGCUGGAGAAGAUCCUCGGCCCGUCGAGGGAGGGUCAGUGGGUGGACGAUGACGAGGAAUUAUCUCCACUGAGAGUAGAUGAAGAGGAGAUGGAGAAGGGGUCUGAUUCUGAGGAGCAGAAUCACAUGUACGUCUUUGAAGGGAAAGACUACAGCAAGGACCCGAGCUCAGAGGACCAGAAGAGCUUCGAUCGGCUGCUGGAAGAGCAGAUGGCCGAGUUUAAGAAGGCAGCAGGAGAGGGACGAGCUCUGCGCCAAAAAGCCGGAGUUUUGCUCCCGGUUGCCUUAGCGAUUCCAGCAAGAAAGAGGAAACCUCUCACCGAGGCAGAGCUGGAGCUCAGACGGCAAAGGAGGCAGGAGGCUGCAGCCAAGAAAGCCAAAAUGAUGGAGGACAAAAAGAAGGAGCAGCAAGAGGAAAAGCACAGAAAAAAAAUGGCCUGGUGGGAGUCUUGCGGCUAUAGGUCGCUUUGCCUGCAGCCUGUGGACAGUGAAGAAGAGGAGAGGAACGAAGAUGAAGAGGACGACAGCAGUGUUUGCUCCACAGACUCAAACACUACGGAUAUCUGCUAUGUUCUUGGGGACGUUACCCAUCCCCACACUGCUAAGGGAGAUGCUGUUAUUGUCCACUGUGUUGAUGACUCGGGCCGAUGGGGCAGAGGAGGCCUCUUUACAGCACUGGAGUUGAGGUCAGAUGAACCACGAAAGCAGUACGAGUUGGCAGGAAGGAUGAAAGAUUUGGAGCUAGGAAAUGUGUUCCUCUUCCCCAUCGAUGACAAGCAGUCGAGAAUGAACGGCAGAGAUCAGCUAGCCCUGAUAGUGGCGCAGCAGAGAGACAAAGCCAACAACCUGUCUGGGAUCCUCCUUAGUGCUUUGGAAGAAGGACUGAAGAGGAUUUACUCUGCAGCCAAGAGAGACGGUGCCAGCGUUCAUCUUCCUCGCAUCGGUCACUCCACCAAAGGUUUCAACUGGUAUGGCACAGAGAGGCUCAUCAGAAAGCACCUAGCUUCCAGGGGCAUCCCCACUUUCAUAUAUUAUCACAGCAGAAUCGUCAAGAAAACAGCUUCACCUCAGGUGCCUAAUACAUCAACCGCUGCCUCUAAAGCACCUUUAUUGAGCUCAGGCGGGCCAGAUGAUGAGGCGGAAACAGAGGCCCCAGGACCCUCAAAUCCACAACAUAGCUUCAGCCCGGCAGAGCUCCCCAGCUUCAUGAAGGGGGUCAGAGUAUUUUUCUACAACAUUUCUGCAUCACAACGGAAGAAGCUGGCCCGCUACCUUAUGACGUAUGAUGGAGAUGAGGAAGACAUUAUGAGUGAAGAGGUCACCCACAUUGUUGCAGAGGUGGAGAACCACAUCCAGAAACAGACGGCGCAAUGAACCCUCUAAAGAAAAGAACACCAUGCCAACAUUCAAGCAUGGUGGAGGAAUCAUAAUGCUGUGGGGCUGCUUCGCGGCAUCUGGUACUGGAGGCCUUGACCGUAUCACAGGCAUCAUGAAAUCAGAAGAUUAUCUAGAAAUUUUACAGUGAAACGUCUUGCCCAGUGUAAGAAAGCUUGGUUUGAGGCAAGAUAAUGACCCAAAGCACACCUCCAAAAGCACGCAGGCAUGGUUGAAAGGGAAAAAAUAGACUGUUUUAAAAUGGUCAGCAAUGAGUCCUGAUCUCAAUCCAAUUGAAAAUCUUUGGGUAGAGCUAAAAUCUUCCAUUGGAGAAAGGAAACCUGCAAAUGUA